GUGAAUAGCCCCUUCCAGUGGCCACGAAGAAGACUGACUCAGUCUUGAACAUUUCUCCAUGGAAACCAACAUCAACAGUGAGGAGAGGUUGUCGUCUGCAGCUGACAGCAUAAAAACUUCAGGGAUGACAUCCAGGCAGACGGUGGCCUCUGAGGCUGCACUGAUUCCACUGUUUCUGGGCAAACAGAGGUGCAACAUCACUUUUGUUGUGGACAGCUCAGAGAACAUGAGAGCUGUUCUGGGGUCAAUGAAACGCCUGCUGAUCCAGACCCUGCUGACUAAGGCUUCAUUCAGGGACUCUCUGUUCAACAUCAUGUCAUUCUCAGGCCAGUUGACCUGCUGGUCCCACCACAUGCUCCCCUGUGCUCCUGACACAGUGUACACGGCUCUGUCCUGGAUCCACUGCAUCAGUUGCAGCCCCGGCAGGGAUCUCCUGGUUGCCCUGUGUACUGCUUUCACUGACCCCGCCUGUCACGCCAUCCACCUGCUCUGCACAGACCUCCCCGACCAUCCGGAGGCUGUGCUGACAUCCUUGCCCGCCAUGGCGGCUGGGAGGCCUGUGAACGUCUUCUACCUGCAGGAUUCAGGUGGUCAACUGGAUAGCAACACUCGAGACUACCUGCAGUGUCUGACCCAAGCCACAGGAGGGAGCUGUUAUGUGAUUCCAGUUGGUUUGAAUGGAGUACUGGAGAAGGUGAUUCCACUGUGUGUUCAUCAUCUUCAGUCAUCAGUGCCAACAUUCUCCCCACUCAAGUGCUACUGUCCGUCCACUUCAGUCUUAAUGCCACACAACCCGCACAACACGUCAUCACCUCUGCUCAGGUGCAGUCUAGGUAAUCCUCUCCACCCCAUUACUGCCUGCAUGCUGUCUGGUCAAACCCUGAGUCCAGAGUUUUUUCCAGGAUGCCGUGUGCUGGCCAGGAGAGAGUUGGAUGGCUUCUACUACUUGGGCACUGUAAUACAGCAAGUACAGAGCCGCAGAGGAGUUUGGGUUGUCGAGUUUGACCAUUCAGGAAGGGCCAGUUUGGGGGGCGUCUCCUCCCAGAGGCAGCUAGUUUGCUCCCUCGACAUGGUGAACCGCACAAGAGCUCACACACAUUGUCUGGUACCUGGUGAUCCUGUGCUGUCACCAUGGGAACCAGAUCUGAGGAGAUACGGGCCGGGGAAGGUGAUGGCCGCCACAGAACACAGAGAGGGUUUUGGAGUUGAUGGUGUUACGAGCCUCCGCGUGCUGAUGUGGAACAGCUGUGUUUCUCUGGUUCCUGGCAAUCUGGUUUUGCCCCUUUCAGCUUCUCACCAUGACAGAAUAGUCAGGGAGCUCCAAAUCCCAACAUCAACGCCCAGUCGUUGUUGCAGCUGGCUAGGUGCUCGCAGCUCCUCCUGCACUCCCCAGCUGUUCAGCAGCGACCGGUGUCCGUCCUCAUCUUGCUGCCCUUCAGUCACAAACCACUGGCCAUACAUGUUUCCACCCAGUUGUACGUCCAGCUUUGGAAGGAGGGAUGGAUUUGAGAAGGCAGAGCAAGAUACAGAUGUGAGGAAAAGUGACCCUGAGGUGCCCUCCUCCUCCUCCUCCUCUUCAUCUCUUUCUGAGGAUGAGACCAGAGCGACGUUUCCUCCUGCAGUGAAGUUGAGGAAUAAAGAACAACGUCCUCCCUGGAGGUACUGGAGAAGAACUGGAUCAGAGCCACAACACAGGCAGCCAGGGAGUGCCGUGGCAAGGAGGACGUCACAACCUGUAAGGCUCAGCUUUCCUGUCCCACAGAUCAGUGCCUCGCCCAAUCACAGCUCUGUGUUUCAAUCACUUCCUGGUGCUAAAGGAAGAAGAGCGAACAUCAGAGAUGUUUUUGGAACGACCAACUUCAAACCUCGACCACCAGUGGGACGGCAGGCUUUUUCUGCCAACAAUGCUACAUGUACAAUGCACAGCUAAGACCUCAGCAUAUACUGUACCUGUAUAAAGUUGGUAAAAAACAAAAAACAAACAAAAGAUUGAUACUUUAUUUUAAGAAACUGAUGCAUCUUUAGUGCAAGUAAAAGUACUGCAUUACACACACACACACACACACACACACACACA